AUGUCGAUCGAAAACAGAAUCCAGUUACAAGAACAAGAUAUGGUCAGACGAGCGCAAGGUGGUCGUUCCACUCCAGCGGUCACUGGUGGUCACGGUGUCGGACCCAUGAGACGCGCUAGACAACCGGCAGAGCCGCCGGAUCUCAGAGUUCUCGAGGAUAAAUGCCAAGUGAUGGUUCAUCGUGUCGACGGGCUGCUCCAGUAUGCGAUAGAGCACCCGCUCACGGACGCCACCAAAAUCGACUUCCAUCCGUUCCAGGACGUGAUCCCGGUCAUUAAGUUGACUCGAGUCUUUCUCAACAAGCUUUCAAGACCAACCAAUAACGGACCACAUCCGCUAUCAGGAAUGAGCCCCGAUGAUCUCUCGAAAAUAAUCAGAUCAACGGUUCGAGCGCCUGGGAAACUCGAGAAAUUUCUCCACCGCAUGGAAACCGAUCAUGCGAGCACCGGUGGGAUUGAUACGGAAAAAGUUUUCGAUAUCUUGGAUUGCUUGCAACGUCCAAUCAAGAUUAUCAAGUUUCAUCUCAGUCAGCUCGAACAUUCGGACUCACCUCAAGGUUCACAUCCAAAAUACCGUGAAUGGAUGCGUGUUUGGUUUGCCAAUAUCUGUCGAUCUGGCUGCCGUGUUGCAAAUCCUGGUUUGGGCAACGUUAUGUCACUUGGAUGCAAUUCUGAUUGUAGCUUCACUUGA